CUCGACAUCCAACCUCCCGCUCCUUAUCCUCCGUGUAUUCUACUGUCUGCUCAUCGUCAUCAAUUCCUAUUUGGCGUCUAGGCUCGCAAUUCCCGAGCAUGGGUCUCUUCAGCAGGUGGUUCAAACCGAGCCAGCCUGAAGAUUACGAGCAGGCUCUCGCUCUACUUGCUCAGGACAUACAGAAGCGACAGACGCGUCUCUCCGAAAUCCGAUUGCGUGAACGUCGAGCGACUCUGCUAGUUUCGGUGUGGGCACUCGUCGCAUGGGUCACGUACACGAGCUUGUGGUAUAUGGACUUCCUCCCCAACAUAACAACACACCAAAGAUCGAGUAACUUUGAGAGGACCGCCAAAGCGAUCCCAGUGUUUGUUGGGCCCAUCGUCAUUCUCUUCGUCCGAAAAAUAGUACAAAUAUGGUAUACCCGCAUUGGCGAUGCUGAAGAGAAGGCCCUGGUCAAGCUGCGCAAGAAGCAGCGCGAGAAGAUCGAGGAAGUCAAGCAGAAAACAAACUACUACUCUAUGCGCAGUCUCAUCGAGCGGUACGAAAGCAGCCCCGCACCGGAAAGUCCUGUUGGCCUCCGCCGCCGCGUUCCCGCUGUCCCCCAACCGCAGCCUCCCGUUCCCGGACCUCAGCUACAGCAACGGCAGCUCGCGCCGCAAACGCCACAACGUGGCGGGCUACAGGUGAAUCCGCAGACGCCUGCCUCAGGGACGUUGACGCCUGGGUUGCAGCAGCAGCUUUCGCCGUCUCCUCAGCGUCCCCUUCCUCCACCACGCAAACAAUGGUUCGAUAAGCUCGCAGACGCCAUCCUCGGUGAUGAAGACGCGUCAACCACGGGCGCCGCUUCCCGAUACGCCCUCAUCUGCCAGAAGUGCUUCGCGCACAACGGCCUCGUCAAGGAGAGUCGGUGGGAAGACGCACAAUACGUCUGCCCGAAGUGCGGAUACUUCAACCCCUCUGCGCGCACCAUCCGCGAGAUCAAGGAGGGUAAGAAGUCGCGCUCGCCGGAUGGCCGCUCGCCUUUCGUGCAGUCGGCGCCGGCGAGCAAGAACCACUUCGCGCCUCCCAUCGGAACUCCUAUCGCCGCAGAGGACGGUCGGCACGCCCCGACGACAACCGACGAACCGACGAGCAUGGACGUGGACUCGUGAGCCGUGUGUUGUAGGCUGUGGAUGCGUAUCGUUCGGGAAUUGGAUAGGUAUGGUAUGCGCGCAUAUAAUAUGCGUCCGUCAUCUAGCAUAGCGCACCUGUGGUAAUGGAGAGGACUGGGGGGGCAUUUGGGGAUAGUCGACUAGGCGACCGCGGACUCUCUUCCUGUAUAUCUCGCCGACCGGGUGUCGGUUUUGAGGGCCGCGAGGGAGCGGAUUCAGACGUGGCGGUGGCCGCCGUGGUUAUCAGAAUGUUCCUUUUUACACUUGAAGGGAGGUAUGCGGCUGAGGACUGCAUUCGCUUCGCUUGCCGAUCCCGAUGACGCCCGGAUGCCAAAUAUCGAAGGCGAUAUGGUGGGCG